GUCUCCUGUAGCUAGCAUGCCAUCUGCUUCUGCUGAGUCUGGCUCAGCCGCCCAGUCGUCGUCAAUCUCGGCAGAGUCUGCUGAAUCCAGCCCUGGAUUAGCAGCAGCAGCAGAGUCUGCUGGUUCUUCCACUGCACUGUCUGCCAGCUCGUCCGCUCAGCCCGAAUCAACUCCUAAUGAUACUACCGGCACCAGUGCCGAGCUCCUGGCAGCAACCAGCUCGAUAUCCUUCCCGGUCCCAGACAGCUCCGAUUCCACCUCCCCGGCCGGUGUACAGCGCGGGCCAAUGCCCAGGCGUCCUGGAUGGAAGUCUGAGAUAAACUUGUUCGAAACCAUGCUUCCGGGCGGCAUCAUGGGCGGCUCUGGCACCGGUCUCCCGCACCCCAUGUCCGACCGUAGCAUGUCGGCAAGCCAGCCUGGCUUUGCUGCCACAUUCCUUUUACCCUUGGAUACAAAAUCCGGUACAAGCAAUGCUCAAACCGCCACGGUUUUGCCAUUGCAGCAGAUGAUUGCGUCAAGGGCUUUGGAGUUCAACCUAGGGCUUUCCAGCAGUUCGAAGACGGAAGCGUCAGGUUCAGGAACCAUCAGCGGGAAUUCUAGUACUGUGUCGUCUAAUGGAUCGUCGGCAGAGUCGUCGUCGGCAAGCGCUGCAUCAUCGCAAACGUCGCCUGCUCCUAGUUCGUAAUAGUCUAAAACAGUUUAUUUAAUUUUGUUCUCU